GCUACCAGAGGGACUUAUUUUAUUAUUUCCACUCUUGUUCCUUUUGAUAGUCCACCCGCUUUAUUUAUCCCCACCAUGAAGGAGAGAAGACUCACGCAGCCUUUUGUAGCGAGGUGUAAACUCGUGCUGGUUGGAGAUGUCCAAUGCGGGAAAACAGCGAUGUUACAAGUGUUGGCCAAGGACUGCUAUCCAGAGACGUACGUCCCUACUGUGUUUGAGAACUACACUGCCUGUCUGGAGCUUGAAGACCAGCGAGUUGAGCUCAGCCUCUGGGACACAUCAGGUUCUCCAUACUAUGACAAUGUCAGGCCCCUCUGCUACAGCGACUCAGAUGCAGUGCUCUUAUGCUUUGACAUCAGCCGACCAGACACAGUAGACAGUGCACUGAAGAAGUGGAAAGCAGAGAUCCAGGACUUCUGCCCCAGCACACGGAUCCUGCUAAUAGGCUGUAAGACGGACCUGCGUACGGACGUGUGCACGCGCAUGGAGCUGUCCAAUCAGAAACAAAGUCCCAUCUCCUAUGAACAGGGUUCAUCCAUGGCCAAGCAGCUUGGAGCAGAGGCUUAUCUGGAGUGCUCAGCCUUCACAUCAGAGAAGAGCAUCCACAGUGUUUUCCGUACCGCAGCCCUGGCCUGCAUGAACAAACUCCAGCCUGCCAACAAACCCAGCCCUGUCCGCCGGCUCUCCAAGAGACUCCUCCACCUGCCCAGCAAGGCAGAGCUCCUCUCCUCCACCUUCAGCAAGGACAAGUCCAAGAGCUGCUCCAUCAUGUGAAUACUGCUGGGAUCAUGCUGGAAAGAAAGAAAGCAAGGACAAGUGAACUAUACUGUAGCUGGUUCAGCAGGGGUGCAGGGUGUGCAAGGGAGAGAGAGAAACCAUGUGGAUUUCUACAAAGCCUCUCUUUCCUUUGCAGCCCAAACUCCCUCAACCCCUUCAAAAAGAUCACCACUCUCUCUAUAUAUUCAACUCUGACUCUGAACUUUCGAUCAUGACUUCUCACCAGCACUCAGCGCAGAGACAGUGAAAAAUGUCUGAUGUUGAAAAUAUUUCCGAUCAGUUAAAUAAUCCUGUACAAAGAGAGCAUAAGAGGCACUUUAAGGUACUGACCUGUUUUCUCCUCACAUAAAGGUUGCCGUGAUAGAGUCAGCUUAAAUAAGGUCAGUACCUCCUCUUUUCUAUGGGGGAAGUGGUUGUAAACACUGCAUUUGACUGCAUUACUGUGAUGAGACCCAUUUGAAAUUCUGAUGGUGGUGCCCUUUCUCAUCCAUCUCUUGAUCUGAAUGUCCCUUUAAGGUCACGAUAUAGGCUGAGUGACUAGACGAAAUGUAAAAUCUGACAGUUCGGGAAGCGGUAGGUGCAGCUUGGGGAAUUUAAAACAGUGGUCCUUGAGGAAAUUAUUCCCCUGUUGACCCCUCACAGUAUUUGGUUUGGGAAUUAAAGCUGACAGUAGAGAAAAUGGGGAGAGAGAAGGGAGGGAUUUGGCAAGCAGAGCGUUCAUUUGCAAAGGCAGUGGGAGGACGAGCUGAGAGCACAUCUGAAGGAGCACAAUGUGACUCAGCACUCACAUGAGCCACAAAACAGUCCAGGGUGGACAUGAUGCGACAAAAACAAACACUAAGUCUGGGCCAUGUAAAAACUGUCUGAACAUGUUUUUUUGUCAGAUCCCCUUUCAUUACCCGUCACCACAGCAGUCUAAAUUGUUCGAUGUUAUUAACCACAAGCCUUGAUUUUAGUGGUGUUACAUUAAAGAUGCAUCAUCUCACUACUCCCUGCUACUUUCAGAGCUGCUUAAUGGAUACCAGUCUCUAAUACAUGUCCCAGCAAAAAAAUGAAAUCAUUCUUUCUCAGUCUUUAAUAAAUAAUACAAAGAUUUCUUUUAGUCCUCAUAUUUGGACUGUUAAUGUCUCAUGCGGGCCUGCUCACCAUGCUUCAACAAGCUCCAUGUCCUGGGUUAAAAGAGUAGUCCAUUGAUUUACCAUUGCACGCAUAUAAAAUGAUCAGACUCAUGAUGAACGGUUGAAAUGGGAAAAAUGGGAUAAAAACCGAUGCAGCGCAACCAGAGACAUCGUCAUUUUUUAUUCCACACAUUCUUCUUCCAUGUCAAAGCUUGGCCACUACAUUACCCACAAUGCAUCUCAACCUCUGAGAGUUCGACAGAGAUUCAUGUGUGUUAUGCUAGUAGUGGUGGGUGUAACCUCGAGCUGCCAGCUUCAGGCAAAGAUGGCUGCAGACCACCCACUCCAGAGGCCUGGAAUAUAAUUCCAACCAUAUCUGCAUUAACACUAAAUGUCCCUGUUGUGAUGGAGUGGUGGGGCGGAGGGGUUGAAUUGAAUCACAGGCUGGUCCUGUUUAGAGAAAGAAAUUUUUCCGUCCUCUUUUUUUCUUUUUAUGCUUUAUAAAUAUUUUGAUUUUAUUUUUCAACUUCCCUGCAAAGUAUUCUUGAUAUCCUUAUUUUCCACCUAUAAAACAGCUUUUUUCCUUGUUAUUUUUACUUGCUUGUGGCUGUCUUUGGUGUUUUUGUAGCUGUCGAUGUUGUUCUUGUAUUAACUUGAGUCUUCUGGCAUUAGCGGCUGUUGACAGCUCAGCUAAUGGAGGACUUGAUGAUUUGUAGGUCUGCACCGAGAGGCCCGGACUUCUCUGGAUGUACAGAACACUGGAAUUUAACGCGUUGCCUAGCAACAGUGCGAGCAGGACUCCUGUCUCCCAGAGAGAGACAGGAGGGAUGGCUCUCUGAGAGGGCGCCUCACCUUUUAUUUGUAGCAUUAGACAGAAGCCACAGCGAAGGUGAUGGCUGGACAGUUCAGGGAGCAGCGGGCAGUUAAAAAAAAUCUCCAUGUGGUUUUAAAGACCCCGCGCUGGUAGCAACUAUGUGUGAGUUGUUGGAAACAGCAUGCCAUCUAUUUCACUAGUCCUGUCUUGAGCAUCGUGCUAUCCUGAACAAACUCAGUUUUGCUCAGUGUACAUUUGACAUGUCAGGGUUUCUGCAGGGUUCAGUUAAAUUUCUAGACUUUUUAAUACCACAUAGAACCAAAUUAAAUACCUGUUUCAUACCAUCAAGUAUGAAGGUAUGAUGGACAACCAGAAAUUAAGAUAUGGACUAAAUUUAUUUAUUAUUAUAGCAUUUUUUGUAAUAAUAACUUCUCAUAAUAGGAUUAAAAAUUAAUGUGAAUGAAUGAAUGGAUGGGUUAAUUAAUGAAAUAUGAUUAAUUAAUCUAAUUAAUUGAAGUUUUUGUUAAAAUCUGUACGUGUCCAUUCUGAGCUGAUGUAUUGCUAGUUGUCUCCAAAAGCCUCAAGCUUCACAAUCUACUGUCAUAACAGUUCCAUUUUUAGUUUAUAGGUGUGCAAGGUCUCUUGACAACUCACACACUCGCACACAUUACUUUCUACAGCAGCCAAGAGACAAGAUUUUUGACUUUUUUUAAACAUUUAUAUUUAAGGCUCUUUAAUACCUUCUGAUGACUUGUUUUUUUUUUUUUUUUUUUGAGGUAUUAAAUUCAAUGCUUUUUAAGACUUUGUAACACCUGCAGAUACCCUGCAUUUCACAGUUUCUCUUACUCGUUUUUGGCAGACUUGUUUUGUUGUACAUAUCCUUCCUCUUGAAACUGUUCUAAGAAAUCCCCCAAAAGAAUGUUACUGAAACAAAACAAAAUGUUUGUGU